ACAUCUUAAUUUGUGUCAUCUCACCGUGAUUAUAUCUUCAGGCGCAAGAUUAAGGAGGCGGGUGGUGUUGUCAAGCUCAUCGCAUAAUUCGCUUUCCAUCUGCUUUCGCUCGUAUUUACUUUCAUACCUGUACAGCCACUUAUCGCAUGCAUAUGACUUACCACUGCGAAGCUCUUCCAUGCUGUAUCAAUGCACAGGCGCUUGGCCGCCUAUCUCUUCGGCAACCUCGCUGCGUCGUCAACUGGAUAUUUUGCGUGGUUCGUCGGUGAGUUACCUUUCAGAAACCUGAUUUCUUUACGAGGCCGUCUUGUCGACUCAACAUCUUCGUUGAUCGUGCCGUUUGCUAGUUCAGCUAAAUAUACGAACCUUCUGCAUUCCUGGUAUAUGAGUUUGUUGUUCCUGAAGCCACGCGAUGAUGAACAACGACAUUUCUUACAUGCGACAGUGGAAGUCAUAGUACAACAGAGUCCACCCGUAGCAUAUCAGCAGAAGGCACAAAAAGCAACAGUACACAGACGACGGUAAUGAAGAGGAAUCCAAGCACUGGGGAUGUAAGAUUACACAAUUCAGGGUGGGGUGAAAGGGCACCAGUAGAAGAAUGUCGGCCGAGUCGAUGACAAUGAGGAGCAACGCGGUCAUGAAUAUCUAAGCCUGCA